CAACUUGCAAGUAGCAACUUGAAAAGUUUUGUUUGAAGCUAACGGAUUAUUCAAAUCUGUGAUUUAUCAAGGGAUUUAGAACUAAAUGAACGUAAAACAACUGCUUGAAAGUAUUAGUCUGUGUAUGGUUUAUUAAUUUUUUUAUAUUCUUAUUGUACAAACUAUAAAUCCAGUGAAAUGUCGCAACAACAAACCAAAAACUGCAUAACCCUGCGUGGUUCCGCACAAAUUAUUUGCGAAUACCUGAAAUUCGCUAUCAACUCUGUAUUGUUCCAAAGAGGCUUAUAUCCACCAGAAAGUUUUAAAGCCGAGCAGCAGUAUGGUCUAACGCUUUUAAUAUCUGAAGACCAACAAAUCAAGAACUUUUUAACAAAUUUACUCACCCAGAGUGAAGAAUGGAUAGUAAAUAAGAAAGUGAGCAAACUGUCUCUCAUUAUAUUAAAUGUGGCCAACAAAGAGGUCCUUGAAUGCUGGGAUUUCAAUGUUCAAUAUGAAGAUGGAGACACCGCACUGUCCAAAGAGAAAAACGAAACUGUUGGAAGCAAAGACUUGAAGAAAAUCCAACAGGAAAUUAGAGAUGUUAUGUUGCAAGUAGCAGCAACUAUAUCAUACUUGCCAUUCUUAGACUGUAGGUGUUCGUUUGAUGUUCUAGUUCAUGCAAGGACAGAUUGUGAUAUACCUGACAAAUGGGCUGAGGCUGAGCCUGUAGCGAUAGCGAAUGCUCAGAAUGUUCAGCUCAAAUCCUUCUCUACCAGCUUACACAAGAUGGAGACAGUAGUUAGCUAUAAACUUGUAGAUUAAGAUGUUGACUGCGGUUUGUGCAAAAGUUGUGUUAUUGUGGACGUAAUGUGCGUGUGUCUAGCAGACAGCUGAAGUGUUCUCUUAUAUCUAUCUCACUCAUUCACAUUGCUCAACAAAAUGCCAGUGAGACACACAGAUUGCUUGUGGUGGCUGCUUUGGUGGAUACUUCAUUCUAUUGGUGCCAUAGUCAAUGUGGUUACAUGCCAGUUUUUUGCACAAUAAAAUCUACACAUUUUUCAAUAGAACUUAUAUGAGAUGUAAAUCUGCAGUUUUUAUUAAUUAUGUUUCAAGAUUAAUUUCCUAAGAAAAGCACAGAUAGUUCAGCUAGCUAAAAUGUUAGAGGUAGGGUUAAUAGCUUAUAAGACUGCAGUGGC